UUACGCUGUACAAUGUGAUCAGUAGAAACUGCAGUAAAUUUCCGUAUAAUAUCGAGAGGCGUUCAUCAAAGAUGAUCCAGUAACACAAACAAUACAAACGAGACAAAUCAAGUAGUAGCAUAGCAAACAUACCGAAUCUACCUCAACACUGAAGAACACACAAACAAACUCAAAUUACAUACCAAAUAUUCAUAAGUGCCCAAUACGUUUAAAUGCUAAAGAGAUAGCACACCGAUUCAUCGCACCGAGUGCGUCGUCUACCUCAACAGUUUCGCAACGGCCCCAUCAUUGGCGUAGAAAUAGCCCCAUCACUUUGCCCAAUGGGGGGCUUCACCUCCCCAGAGCAGCAGUACUCGCUGCGAUGGAACGACUUCCACUCCUCCAUACUGUCCUCGUUCCGCCACCUCCGGGACGAGGAGGACUUCGUGGACGUCACGUUGGCGUGCGACGGUUGCUCGUUCACCGCCCACAAGGUGGUCCUCUCCGCCUGCAGCCCCUAUUUCAAGCGGCUCUUGAAAGCGAAUCCCUGCCAACAUCCCAUCGUCAUCCUGAGGGACGUGCAAGAAAAAGAUAUGGAAAGUUUGUUAAGGUUUAUGUAUAAUGGAGAAGUGCAUAUAGGACAAGAAAGGCUUACGGAUUUUAUAAAGACUGCACAAAUGUUACAAGUCAGAGGACUGGCCGACGUAUCGGCGGCUGGUAAUGCUGGACAAAGACUGACUACUGCCUCAGAACAAAAAAUUUCACCUUCAUCAUCGUCACUACCUUGGGCGACAGACAGACCUGAAGCUCGAAACGCGGACAUCUCCUCGCCGCCGGCGAAGAGGUCGCGAAGUUCGGAUCGCAUGGGUAGCUACACGCCGGACAGGGGGCGCAGCCCCUCGAGACGCCCCACCGGCAACGGUAGCCACGAAGUCGAUCCCGGCACGUUGCUGGGACAGGCGCUCGGGACAGGAGCCGGUACGCCCUCGAUAAAAGAGAAAGUGAACUCCGAUUCAUCGAUACAAGCCCAAUCGGCGGGCGAAGACAGCAAUAGCAGCGAUACGGCCAUGAGCGAUCAUGGCGAUGAUCCUGUCACCCUAAAGACUGAACCAUCGGAUUACUCCAUGCUCGAUGAUCAUCAUCCGUUUAGCACCAACGGCGGGAUUAUGGAUCCGUCGAGGACGCCCGGAGGCUUCCAUAACGCACUGUUAGGACUCCAAGGUUUGGGAGGAUUAAUGCCCGGCCCUUCGGGAAUGCACAAUAGUCCUGACAAUUUCGUAUCGAGGCGAUCGAUGGACAUGUUGAGGGUACGAGCGACCGACCCGAGGCCCUGUCCCAAAUGCGGGAAAAUCUACCGAUCGGCGCACACCCUGCGCACCCAUCUCGAAGACAAGCACACGAUAUGCCCCGGCUACCGGUGUGUCCUCUGCGGUACCGUCGCCAAAUCCCGCAAUUCGCUGCAUUCGCACAUGUCUCGACAGCACCGCGGCAUCAGCACGAAAGAUCUACCCGUCCUACCCAUGCCCGCGCCCUUCGAUCCGGAACUGGCCAGCAGGUUAUUGGCGAAAGCCGGAGUGAAAAUAAGCCCGGCGGAGUUGCGCGCGAGGGCUUCGCCGACGGGCCCGCGCCGCUCCGACGUAAAGCUCGACGCGAAGAGCGCCUACUCGGGCGCCGCGUCCGAAGCGGGCAGCUCCAUCUGCGGCGACAACGAUCCCGAAGACCUGACGAUAUCCAACCAAAGGUACGGCGGACUGGAUUUCGGCCUGUCUCCACCGAUCAGCCAGCAAAACCACUUCAAAACGAACCGGUCCGGGCAAGCGGUCGCCGCCAAGAGCCUCGACUCGCUGCAGCACCUGUCGAAGGAGCCGUACCCGGCGCCGCUGGCGCCGCCCGUCUCCGGCGCCAACACCACGGGCUCGGCCAUACUGGACACCUACCUGCAGUUGAUGAUGUCGACGGAGCAGGCGGCGGCGGCCAUGCAGGCGGCCAAUCUGGCGCAGCUGAACGCCAUGGGGCUGGACAAGACGUCGCAGCAGCAGUUCCUCGAGAAGAUGCAGCAGAUGCAGAACGCCAGCGAGCUGAUGAUGAAGAGGAACGACGAGAUCCGGCGCGGCGAGGCCGAGAUGGUCAAUCACGAUAGAAAUAACCAGGAGAAGCAUCCGGACGAUGGAGACACCUCCGGAGGCGAAGAGGACGAUUACAGCGAGGAGGAGAUGGAGCGGGAGAGCGUCAAAGCCGGCGGGGAGUAGUGAUAGAUUUUAUUAUAGAAGAUUAUUUCGAAGUGUCAGUUAUUGCCGCAUGUCUUGCCAGAUGGUUUGUUUACUGGUUGAUGGUUGAUUGGUCUUGCGAUAAGACCGGGGAUUGUUCUCAUCCAGUAGGUACUCUGUUAUUCCAUCCAACUACCUCAGUUUGAAUCUCAUUUUUAAGAUAUUUAUUCAGACGUUUGUUUUUGUUUCGUUUACGGUUGUAGCUCUGUGAGCUUUAAAAUAGCUAAUUAAAAUCCUGAUAGUUUCUAGGGCGUAUAAUUGGAGGAAUUGAUCUCUUUUAGAAUUCCACAAUGCUAUCUUUUUAUCUUCUAUUCUAUCACUUAUUUAUCUGGAGUGUUAGAAGUAUUGUUGUUUAAUGCAUUUAAUGGGAAAUUUUACUCUUGUAAAAACUACUUUCUAGAAACUAUUUCGAUUCGAAAAACUAUCAUGAAAUUAAUCCAUCCGACUACCUCAAAUAUAGUUAUGUAUUAAUAAAAUGAGUGCAAGAUAAUAAGGGUUUUAAAAUGUAUACGGUACGUUUAAGGUAAAAAAAUACAUACGGUAACGCUUUGUUACUUCGUUGCAGUUAUGAGAUAACUAAAAAAAUGGAUUUGAUGUUUUUCAGAGUAAUUUUUUUUCAAAGAAAACUUUGAUAUUGGUUAUCAUUUUGUCAGAUAAACUAGUAGGUUACUAAUUCCAAGCAAAAAAUGAGUCCAAUAUUGAAUUUUUUUAGUUGCUAUCGUAAACAUAUUUAAUAAUAUUAACAAUAAAAAAGAUAUCUAAAGUUAACUAUACAAGGUGAUAUGUAUACAAAUAUUAAAUAUGUUUAAUAACAAUAAAGUGUAUACAAGUCUAUCCAGGUGAAAAUGGUACAAAGGGCGUUUUUACCUUUACAACAAUAUUUUUGUAAGUGUAUCUUUGAAGAAAAUAUCGAAAAAUUUCGAUGAAUUUUUUACAUUUAUUCGAAACAGAGCGAAAGGGACUUAUUCGGUUCCUUUGCAAGGUAAUAAGCAAUUUCCUUAGGCAAAGUAACAAUCAGAGAUUUUUCGAAUAAACAAUAAUUAGUGAAUAUUUGUAAAUAGAACCGUAUACUAAAAAAGGUAAAUCAAACUUUCGUGUCUUCGAGAAAGUGCCUUAACUAGGCACUUUUUUUAAGGUACAGUUUGGUAGCCUUUUUACAUAUAUCGUACUCAGGUUUCAAACAAUAUCAUUGUUAUCAAGUACAAAUUGCCGCGAAACAUUUUAUUAACAGUAUAUCAGGGAUUAACUCAGAUUUUUUUUUCAAUUUAUUUGUAUACAAAACUUUGCGCUACGGCUAUUUGAGAAUUACAAAAAAAUUGCACAAAUUGAUUCUUCAAUAGAUAAAAAGGUUUCUUCUUUUUUCUCUUCUCCAUAUGAUUUUGGACAUUAUAAAACAGUUGGUAGAAUUGAUAAUAAAAGCUGUUAUUGAUUGGUUGCCACUACGUUAUUGCCAACUUAAAACUUAUUUAAUAUUCCCCUAGAUUUUUUUGUUUGACUAAAUAGCCGUACCGUUCCGAACAAGUUUUUUGUUUAGUCAUAAACACAGUGAUAAAAUCAGGUAUAGCUCAUUAAAGAGAAUUGCAUUUAGAAAUAUUUACAUACAUUGCAUAUUAUAUAUUUCAAAUAUACCGUCGGGUCAGUCAUUAGUCGUAAGUUAAUAGUGCUUCAUUCGUGUAGACUCUAGUACUUCCAAUAUACAACUUCCAAACGAAAUGCGCGUCUACGAAAUACAGGGUGUCCCAAUGAAAAGUAGCCCAUUUAAAAACAUGCGGUUUUCGCAGCCUAUGUUUUAUCUUGUUGUAACUUUUGUUACAGUGACUCAGAAAUUAUGCAUUACCAAUACAGGGUGUUUUAUCAAAGUCUCCUCUUUUAAAUUCGCAGCAACCCUAUUUUAUUAAAUGGAACACCUCGUAUAUGUAGAGGUAUUCUGAAAGAACUUCUUUUCAAAAUUGUAUUAUUUAUACAUGUUA